CCGGGCUAAACCCAGCCCGGCGCCUCCCUGCUCCCGGCAGCAGGCGGCUGCAUGCGGGCUGCCCCGCACCUCCGGCGGCUCUAGCUGUGCCCGGCUGGAUGAACAAAACCCGGAGCUUCGGAGGAUCUCCUGCCUGUGGAUGUAAAUAGGGAUAGGCGAUCGGGAUGCGCUAGCUUUCUCCGCCGGCGCCGCAGCUCCUCCGUGCUCCGCGCCGCCGCCGGGACAGGGCGAUGGACAUGAACAUGAAGAAGUUCACAGUGCGCCGCUUCUUCUCGGUCUAUCUCCGCAAGAAGUCCCGGUCAAAGAGCUCGAGCCUAAGUAGAUUUGAGGAAGAAGGUAUCGUGAAGGAAAUAGACAUCAGUCAUCAUGUCAAGGAAGGUUUUGAAAAAGCAGAUCCUUCUCAGUUUGAACUGUUGAAAGUAUUAGGACAAGGUUCAUAUGGAAAGGUAUUUCUAGUCAGGAAGAUAAAAGGAUCUGAUGCAGGCCAGCUUUAUGCCAUGAAGGUACUUAAGAAGGCAACUCUGAAAGUUCGGGAUCGGGUACGAUCUAAAAUGGAGAGAGAUAUUUUGGCAGAAGUGAACCAUCCUUUCAUAGUCAAGCUUCAUUAUGCAUUUCAAACAGAGGGAAAGUUGUAUCUAAUACUAGAUUUCCUGCGGGGAGGGGACCUUUUCACCAGACUCUCCAAAGAGGUGAUGUUUACAGAAGAGGAUGUCAAGUUCUACUUAGCUGAGCUGGCCUUGGCAUUAGACCACCUCCAUGGUCUUGGAAUUAUUUACAGGGAUCUAAAACCAGAAAACAUUCUACUUGAUGAAGAGGGUCACAUUAAGAUAACAGAUUUUGGUCUGAGUAAAGAAGCCAUCGACCAUGACAAGAGAGCGUACUCGUUCUGCGGGACAAUAGAGUACAUGGCCCCGGAGGUGGUCAACCGGCGAGGACACACGCAGAGUGCCGACUGGUGGUCCUUCGGCGUGCUCAUGUUUGAGAUGCUGACGGGAUCAUUACCCUUCCAGGGAAAAGACAGAAAGGAGACAAUGGCUCUCAUUCUCAAAGCCAAGCUGGGAAUGCCACAGUUCUUGAGCAUAGAAGCCCAGAGCCUGCUGCGAGCCCUCUUCAAAAGGAACCCCUCCAACAGAUUAGGUGCUGGAUUUGAUGGAGUGGAAGAAAUUAAACGUCACCCUUUCUUUGUUACUAUAGACUGGAAUAAACUGUACAGAAAAGAAAUCAAGCCGCCUUUCAAGCCCGCAGUGGGGCGGCCAGAAGACACCUUUCAUUUCGAUCCAGAGUUCACAUCUCGGACCCCCACAGAUUCCCCAGGUGUUCCUCCAAGUGCCAAUGCUCAUCAUCUUUUCAGAGGGUUCAGCUUUGUUGCCUCUAACUUGGUGCAGGAGCCUGCACAGCAAGAUGUGCACAAAAUCACCGUUCACCCAAUUGUGCAGCAGUUACAUGGCAACAACAUUCAUUUUACUGAUGGAUAUGAGAUCAAGGAGGACAUAGGAAUUGGCUCCUAUUCAGUGUGCAAGAGAUGUGUUCAUAAAGCUACAGAAACAGAGUUUGCAGUGAAGAUAAUUGAUAAGAGCAAGAGAGACCCCUCUGAAGAAAUUGAGAUACUUUUGCGGUAUGGACAGCAUCCAAAUAUCAUUACUCUUAAAGAUGUCUAUGAUGAUGGGAAAUUUGUGUACCUGGUGAUGGAGCUGAUGCGGGGAGGCGAGCUGCUGGACCGCAUCCUUCGGCAGAAGUGUUUCUCAGAGCGGGAGGCCAGCGCUGUGCUGUGCACCAUCACCAGGACUGUGGACUACCUACACUCUCAGGGCGUGGUGCACCGAGAUCUCAAGCCAAGUAAUAUCCUCUACAUGGAUGAGUCAGGAAACCCAGACUCUAUCAGGAUCUGUGACUUUGGGUUUGCCAAGCAACUCAGAGCGGAGAACGGGCUGCUCAUGACUCCCUGCUACACAGCCAACUUUGUCGCUCCUGAGGUCCUUAAACGCCAAGGUUAUGAUGCAGCCUGUGACAUUUGGAGCUUGGGGAUCCUGCUGUACACCAUGUUGGCAGGAUUCACUCCUUUUGCAAAUGGACCAGAUGACACCCCAGAAGAGAUUCUGGCCAGGAUUGGCAGUGGCAAAUAUGCUCUUACAGGAGGAAACUGGGAUUCAGUAUCUGAUACUGCAAAGGACAUUGUGUCUAAGAUGCUUCAUGUAGACCCUCAUCAGCGCCUCACAGCAGUUCAAGUCCUGAGACAUCCAUGGAUAGUGAACAGGGAGUACCUGUCUCAAAACCAACUCAGCAGACAGGAUGUUCACCUGGUCAAGGGUGCAAUGGCAGCCACUUACUUUGCUUUAAACCGAGCACCUCAGGCACCAAGGUUGGAGCCUGUAUUGUCCUCCAAUCUGGCUCAGCGGCGAGGCAUGAAGAGACUUACCUCUACCAGAUUGUAGCAGUACCCCCAAAAGGCCUCCUUGAAAACCCACAGUUUAUUAUUUGAAAAAUUCAUCUUUACUUGGCUAGCAGAACUUUCUUGGACAACCUGCACAUGAAAGAACUAGCAGAAACCCACGUAAGGCAAAGUUCUCAUUUGCUACAUCUUCUCUUUUACAUUCCAGCCAGGGUCCUGAGUUUAACAACUUCACAAAGAUGUGCCAGUUUUGCCAGUAGCUCUGUUUCUUUACUGAGAUAAAGCCAAACAAAAUAGGCAAGCUCCAUCCUUUCCACCCUAGAAAAACUAUUUUUGAAUCCAUAAGAUGUUCCAUGGGAACAGUUUUCAUUUUGUUUCUCAAGAAAAGCACUUUUUGCUACGAAGAACGCAGUUGGGUUAGAAUGCCGUUCCAGCAUGUGUCACGAUGAAGUGACUUGGCUGGUCACCAGUAGACAUCUACUGAUCUCCACUCACCCCAGCGAGAGUGAAGGCUGCAGAGACACAUGAGUAACACCUUAUUUGAAACAAGUGCUAUACAUCAUGAGGUAGAGAGAGCUGGUGGUGGAAAUACCUUCUGUUUUGGAGGAAACUUUUGCACUUUGCCCCUGCCUUCUCUGGGAUGAAGCUAGCACCUCUCAAGGAGAGUGUGUCACCAGCUCUGACUUGCUCAAAAGUCUCAGAGAGCAAAAAAUCUCUGAGGAACUCGGUCUUCUGAGGAAAAGAAUGGGUCUUAUGGGACUGUGGGAAGGCAUUCACAUAAAGCAGGGUGAGUAGGAGCCUGUGGAUCAGGCAAGAGAAAGGUGUCUGGUCUUGGCAAGCAAGCUGGUCUGGGAGGAUUAGGUGAGGGGCUGGGGAAUCAAACAUAGGCAGGGAAAGACAUGAGUGGCUUUGAGGACAAUAGGCAAAAUAAUUCAAAGGCAACUAGUGUGCAAGUGGCUGGGGGUCAGUGAUUCCCUCUCAAAGCAGGGGACAGUCCCUCUUCAGUGGCUAGUGCAGAAGACAGUGGGCGGGUGGGCUCCCAGGGGCCAAGUGGGUCUGCGCAGCCAUCCUCCCACACCAUUGCCCAGACUGCUCACCAGCACUCCAGAGUGCCACACUGGAACAGGAGAGCCCAUUUCCAGUCAUUGCUCCCUGCCCUUCCCUGGCUGUUGACCCAAAUCUGCCUCCAUCACCCAGCAUUUCAUGUCCCUGCCUGGGUGUUCUGCUCUAGCAGAGCUAAACUCCCCAUGCCACGUGUGUGCAGAGAGUACCCACUUCUGAAGAGUUCAGCCAACUCUGUUACAAGCUUUAAUAAUAAUAGGUUAUGAGGAGAAAUGGGAGGAUGCUCUGCUUUUAUAUUUAUAUGAAUAUGUACAUGUGUAUUUAUAUACAUAUAAAACAAAAAUUCUAUGCCCUAAUACCUAGAUUUUCCAGGUUCAGGGAAAGAAAACUUUUGUUGAAAUGGUCUCUGCAAAAUGGACUUUUUUCUCAUUCCCUGGUUUCAAAGAAUGCAGGCAAGGUUUGUGGUGCCAGAUGUGAACUAUUUUUUUAUUCUUUUUCUUACCCAUCUUGGCUUAUUGGUGGUCACAAGCUGACCAGGAUUCUUCUUUGUACUGCUUUUGUUAAUUUUUGUUUUCUGAGUGAAUUUUGUCACCUCAGAUGCUUUGUGGGAAAAGCUACUGUGCUGUGUUGGCUUUUUUCUGUUGUGACAGGGGAGAAAAAAAAAAGAAAAAUGUGAACAUGGAGCUUCAUAUGCUAGACAUGGUAAUGUUUGCUUGCUGGGUAGUUUGUGCAUCUUGGUGCUGAACUGGAAUUACCAGAUCACUGCCUCAGAGUGUCCAAGGGGUUUCAUUUGCUAUAGUAAUAUUCUUCCUAAAACUAUCUCUGCUUCAAAGUUGACUGAAGUUUGUUUGUUUGCAUUAGUCUAUUUUUAAAUUUAAAUUUAUUCUUAAUAAUUUAAACUAAUAUUUAAUGUUCAAGUUUAUGUGCUGUGCACACAGGAUCGCUGCAAAGCAGCUCUCCUUGAAGCCCUUUUCUUUUCUAAAAUAAACAAUGCUGUGAAACUUCACACAGAGGCUGAAUUGGCUGGGACUGAUGAGUGCAAACGCACAGGUGGGUGUCUGUGCUUCUGUACACAGCAGCCCACAUUCUCUCCUCUGGCUAAGCUGUGCUCAGUGUCGGCUUUUUGCUGCCUUUAGAAUUUUCUGCUUGUUAGAAGUUAAAUCUCACACGUUUCUGCUAACAGCACACCAUGAGGAUAUCCACCUGCAGGGUUAUCCUGGCUGGUGCAGAACAGCUCCGGCCAGGCCUUGUUUCCCUUGAAGUGACUUCUCUCCUGCCACAAGGCAAGGUGGGCAUAAGGAUGCAUAGGGCAGCCUGGAGGGAGGGCUGGAUUUUCUGAGGUCCCAGCUGAUAUGUGCUGUUUUAACAAAAUGGUUUUUUAAUGGCCAGAGUAAUUGUAUUGUAUUGUAUAUGAACGGAAAGACUGUUGAAAAUACUAUGUACAGUUUUUUGUCUCCCUCUGGGAUUUCCUGGUCAUCUUGCAUUGCUCCAGUUUUCUUUCACAACCACUGGAAAAAGUCUAAUUCCCUCUAGAUAUACUCAGUCUUAAUUCUCUGAGCAUUUUUUUCAACUGAAUAUUAUUGUAGGCCAAGCUUACAGGAUGUUGCUCUUCCCAAAGUUUAAGGGUUUGAAUCUCUUCCCAACUUACCUCUUUCUAACCCACCAACUGUUAACAUAGAGACACAUACAGACUCUUGCAUCUUAAUGCUCAUUAAUUACUUUAUAAGCCUAUAAAUAACUCUAAACCCAUACACAUAGCAGGCUUUGUUUAUUAAGGUUUUAUUGCCACUGAAUCCAUAUGUGUCUGUAUGUAAACACAUGCACAAAAAAGGUGCUGUCCCAGCUUGUCCAAAUAAGGGUAGAAGUGUAGUCAGAAGCUGAUACUUGGAGAGUUUUGUCUGCAGUGUUCUUUGAAAUCUGUCAUUGAUAACAGUUCUGGGUGUAGAAAAAAAGGCUGUGCCCAUACAGGGAAGAAACUGCACCAUCCAGCCUCUCCUCUGUCCCAGAUGUGUGCCCCCAUGCACUUCCAAGGGCAGCUCAGUCUCACCUCUGCAGUCCUGCCAUGGGACGUACUCUUCUGAGGGUUUUCUGACCUGUUCCAGUCAAGUGAACCCAAUUAAACUUUUUCCACUGUCAGUUUUGCUGUUCUGACUCACUUGGACUGAAAUACAAGAGCUUCCAUCAGCAAAUCCAAGGGAGGCAGAAAGGGAGGAAUAUGCCACUGGAAGUCAUUAUUUCAGACUGAUAGCACCCACCACUUCCCCUGGCGCAGCUGGAUCCAGGAGAGGAUGCUAAGCUGUGGCCUAAUUACUGCAAUGGCUGCUUUUACACCAGCAUCUCCUUUCUGGACUCCUGGCCAUGGUAUUGCUUAGCAAUAAGCACUUUUUUCUUUUUCUAGGAGAAUACUGAAAAAGGCUUAGCCUCUCUUUCUCUCUCUAUCUCUCUAUACAACCUUAAGAGACUUACUAAAUGUUAUGUUUAACUCCUGACAGUCUAAAAAUGUCUUUGAAUUAGAACAUACCAUCUUGCAAGUUUUUAAUCCAUAAAGUGACCUAGUGCCUUAGGCUAUUACAAAUAUUAUAGUUACAUUUUUAACCAUCAAGUUGCACAAUGCAAUGAGAGUCCAAGGCAUACCACAGUGUACCUGUCACAGACAUAGCUCAUCUGGAGACCCACUUCAAAAUCAGUCACAGAAGGGUUAGAAAGGACCUCUGGAACCCAUCUAGUCCAACCACCCUGCUAAAGAAGGCUCACAUAGAGCAGGUGGCACAGGACCACAUCCAUGCAGUUUUUGUUGUUCAGUCCCAGGAGAGAAGAGCAGCAAGGAGGAGGCAUAUCUCCACAUUUUGCAGAGCUGGAUCCCAACUCUGCAGCUCCAGGACCCUGAAGAAACCAAAGGGCCCUGAUGAAGAAUAUUAUGGGAAGCAUUGCCCUAGUUCCUACACAGCACCACAGCUUGUCUAUAGGGCAGAGGUGUGGGAGAUGCUACUCAAAUGGAGAGCUGACCCCUGCCCCAGCCCCUUAGGAAUUUUCUCUUAUUUAAAAUCUGUUUAACUUUUUAUAAGCAAGUUUUAAUAGAAGAUAGCAUUUAUAAAGCCUAACUAUUUCAGCAAAUGGCAAGUGACCCUCCUGGACACAUUGUUAUAAAUCUCUGCAUUUGAAAAAGAAGUUUAUCUGAGAACAGAUUCUCAUUUGUUUCCUCAGAAAAAAGAAAAAAAAUCUUCAGUUCCUUGAGAGCCCAGGGUGCUGGGGAUAGCCCAAGCAGAGGGAGCUGAGUGCAGCACAUUUUGUGUAGCAUGACAUCAUGACAUCACAUGUGACACUCUUACAAGGUACAUAUUCUGUGUCCCUGUACUUCAUCUAACCCUGGAUGUAAUACUGGGCUCUCUUUUCAGCCAGACCCUUUCAGCUCUCUCCAACUUGCACCCAGCUCUGGUACCUCUGAAUACAUUCAAACCGCAGUCAAGUACGCAAUUGCUGUGUGUCUGUGAUAUGAAUUAUGACAGGGCUUGGCUCAUCCCCUGAGCCAUGGAUGGCACAAAGGUUUCUUAUGCUGCUGGUCUACUGAAUUUACGCCAACAUAUGCAAGUGCUGACACUAAAAAUGGCAGUCAGUCACUUUCUCUUGACUUCAGCUGCCCAUCUGUCCUUUCACACCUCUCUUAGCCAGGUCACCUGGGGCAAAGCAAAUGUUUGUGCGUCAGAACAAAUGGCUGGGGACAGCAGGAAGGCAACAGAAUCAGUUUAGCCAACAGUGCUGUCAACACAUUGGCAUGGCUACAAGUUCAGUGUCACCUCUGUCCCUCUGUUGCUGCAUUAUGCUGAGCAGAGCCCAGGUGUGGCUCAGAGUCAGGGAUAUAAAUGAUGUGAUGUUUGUACAGUAGCAGGUUCCCAGUGCCAAGCCCUGUGCACAGAGAGGUGCACAAGUCCAGGCUUCUGAAAAUUGGCCACAAGUUCAUGCAAAGUCACUGUAACCAGAAGGUGUAGGGCCACAAAUGGCAUGUCAUGGGGACAUAAUGUUUACUGUAUGUAUUUUUGCUGCCAUUCACUUAAUAAGAGUGAUAGAAAAAACCUAGGGUUUGUUUUUAAAUCAUCCAUUUUUACAGAGGAACUUCUUGAUUUUGGGGCAUGCUACAGCUUUCUGGAUCCAACACAGAAGAGUCAAACACAGAAGAUACAGGAGAUUACUAUAGCAGAAAAUACAUUGUAGCUUUCACUGGAAAAUUAUUUUCAGGCAGGUGUUUUGAAGCUCUCUUGUAGGAUGUGUAUAUGAGAAAUGCCAAAGCAAAUAUUUAGAAGCAAAGUUCUCUUGUUGAACAUCCAGAAAUGACACUGUAAAGCAAGAGCCAUGUGAGCUCCAGAUUUACAUAUCUGCAUCCUAAAAGACAAGCAAGGAGCACAACCCUCAGAUAUUCCUUACAUUAAAAUAAAAAGGCCUAAAAUAAUCUUAAUAAGAUGCUUUAGUAUAGUUAAUU